AUGGGCCCAUACCAGACGAGUACACACUCUGGAGGCCGAGCGAAGAAGAUGGAGUCCAAUGCCAUGGUUGAGCCUAAGGAGACCGGUGGUGGUAUCCUGGCAGACGAGAUGGGGAUGGGAAAGACUCUCUCUGUACUAGCACUUGUACUACGGACGCUAAACACUGCGCACGAUUGGGCUAUCCGCAUCGAUGAUCUGAACGAUGCGACUUCGGAAAUACCAAAGAAGAGACGCCGCUCUGGAGCGACCCUGAUCGUUGCAUCAUCAGACCUCAUGAUCAAUGAAUGGUUUCAGGAACUAGAUAAGCAUUUUGAAGAGCCUACUCGUAAAGCCUUGAAAGCGAUCAAGUAUCAUGGCCCUCAUCGACACGUUUCCCUGGAGAGGCUCAUGGAGGCAGACCUUGUCAUCACUACCUAUCAUACACUCGCGUCAGAUUUUGCCAGGACCAAGCACGAGUUGAGGCAUAUUGAAUGGUAUCGUCUUGUCAUUGAUGAAGCCCACAUUAUACGACGGCAAUCCACCAUCUUGUACCGGACUGUAGCUGACAUCGCGGCCCGAUCGAGGUGGUGUCUGACUGGCACGCCUAUACAAAAUCGCCUGGAGGACAUUGGCUCCUUGUUCGCCUUCUUGAGGGUCACUCCGUUUCACAGCUUGUCGAACUUCCGAAAGACUAUUGCUAUACCUUUUGAUGAGGGCGGUAAGAGACGUACUAUUGCGAUUGAGCGCUUCACUCGUCUUCUGGACUCCAUGUGCUUACGCAGAACCAAAGAUGUCCUGCACUUGCCUGCUGAGCAGCAUCGAGUGAGAGAGGUACCGUUCUCAUCAGAAGAGCGAUUGCAAUACGAGCAGACCAAAGAGAUCAUGUUCCGAGCUGUCCGCAACCAGAAUGGCACGUUCGAUCAAAAGAGUACGCUGGGCAUGUUCCAGGUACAGCUUCAACUACGGAUUCUCUGCAACCAUGGUACUUGGCAGCAACCCUUCUCGUGGAAUCGCCGCAAACUGCAUUUACUGGAUGAGAGGGAGGCCAUGGAGAUCUCCCUGGGGCGAGACGGCGAGAUCACGUGCUCACCCCUGUGGAAUAUGUCCACCGAAGCACAUCAUUUCAUGGACGCAUCACAUGAAGAUACCUACUUUCGAGCGAAUGGACGGUCUUCGAAGAUGGAAGUCUUGAUGAACGACGUUUCCGUCGAUAUAUGGACUACGAAAAGCAUUAUAUUCACUUGUUGGACGCGCACCUUGAACUUGCUAGAGAGCUAUCUCCGUUACAUGUCAAAUAACACGUGGACCCAUGAGCGUAUCGACGGCGAAUGCUCAACGACCAAACGCGAACGUAUCUUGCAUCAAUUCACGGAGGACCCCAAUCUGCGAGUACUGAUCAUGACCACCGGCACCGGCGCGGUAGGGCUCAAUCUCGCGACCGCCAACCGCGUUUUCAUCGUCGAGCCCCAAUGGAAUCCUUCAGUCGAAAACCAAGCUGUCGCACGAGCCCUGCGUCUUGGACAAAAGCAAGCAGUGUUGGUCACGCGUUACGUUGUGGAACAGACGGUAGAGCAGCAGGACAUGCGCGCAUUGCAGGACACCAAAUUGGAAAGAGCCAAUCUCAUUCAAAGUGGCUGA